GUCAUCAUGACGUUGGCUACCCGUCGCAUUGCUCCGGUCUUGUCCAUCCUACGGCCAGCAGCCCAUAUACCUCAAAUCAACAUACAACCAAGAACUAUCAACUACGUUCAUAGUCGCACAUUCUCGACCUCGAUUCCAUAUUACGCAGCUAUGGAGCACGUAUUCUCUCCAAAGGCAGUCGCUCCUAUUGGGCCAUACACUCAGGCCAUCAAAGCCAACGGCAUGGUCUUCCUCUCGGGCCAAAUCCCCGCCAACUCACAGGCUAGGCUCAUAGAAGGGACCAUUGCUGAGAAGACGCACAAGAUGUGUCAGAACGCAAAGGCUGUUCUGGAAGCAGCAGGUUCCAGUCUUGACAAGGCUGUUAGGGUAACGGUUUACUUUCAAAAUAUGGAUGAUAUGAAGGAAAUGAACGAGGUUUAUGCCGAGUAUUUUCCACACAAGCCUGCUAGAAGUGCAUGCGAAUCCCCGAGACUCCCUGCUGAUGCAAGCAUGGAGAUGGAUAUCAUUGCGUUGGAAUAGACUUUCUGGCAUUGGAUAUCUCCAGACUUAUAUGAACUCCUUCUUGAUCCUCAUCAAGAGGUCAAACUGGACAUUUGCUGUAUUCUGUUUGAUCAUUUUCUUCCUAGGUUCCAGACACUCUAUCUGAUGACACAUAAAUCUUGAUAAACCUCACAUAAUGAAACCAACUCUCAGACCAUAGAAGCUUGUCAACAGAAUCAGGUCAGCAGCCUUUCAUCACUUUAGAUGAUAUUCUGGGUAGUACCCUGUGUUUUGAGGCAUGACUUACCAAGUUGAACUUUCUCCGGAAUACACUCCAUCUAGCGUUUCUCCUCUUGUUGUGCAGUAUAUAGCUCUCGCAUUCAUUGUAACUAAUACCUAAAAGGGAAAUAUGACAAUGGUAUUUCGCGGUGAUUCUCUUGCAACCAAGUCAAGAACUCAUUCAUGAUAGUGAUCAAGAGUUUCGUAUUAGACUUCUUUUGAGUGUCCAGUCGGAUAGUCUGGGCUUUGGUCGGCUUCCGCUUCCAUACAAAUCUCAUAAGAGGGUUCCCAAAGGAAAAUAGAGUUCCUGGACCCGUAUCUGGUGUAUUUUGAUGGCCACCUUUUUG